UUUUUGUACCACACGCCUUCGUGUAGGCUUUACAUAGCCUUCAAUGCCUCAUCAAUUUACGCCUCUUGAUCCCUUCCUCCUUUUGUUUAGGUCCGUCCUAUGCCUCUGCUCGCUACACUCACCAUUUGAUGGACUCAAGUACGACGCCUUUUCGACGUGACAUCGAACGCACUGGUUCUGCCAACGCCAGCGUCAUGUCCCAACAGCCACUCAAGGCUCAAGAUGGCCGCAAAAAGGUUCUCAUCGUCGGAGCUGGUGCCGCUGGAAUGUCGGCCGCGCACCAUCUCUCCCAACAUCCUGAUAAAUUCAACGUCACCUUGAUCGAGGCCGUGGAUUAUUGUGGUGGUCAGGCAUUCUCCAUGCCGAUUGACAAAGAGAAGCAUGGCGCCAGUUGGUUCAACCAGGGUGUUCAGGGUGGAAGUUACAUAUUUCAUCACACCUUGACCAUGUUCGCUCGACAGGGCUUCCACGCUGAUCCUGUCAAUCUCCACGUUUCUUUCGGCAAGGAUAAGAAUUUCUGGACCAAUGUCUUUCCCACCCAGCUUUUGGCUCGCCAUCAAAAAGAAGUCAAGAGACUUGCCUUUGCUCUCAAGUUUAUGCGUUGGUUUGAAAUCUUCUUCGCCCUCAUCCCUCUCAAAUACUUCUUCAAGAUCUGGAUGUUCUCAGAUGAAUUCGCCAACACUGUCGGUCUGCCAAUGACUGCCCUCUUCCUCGGUACAGGCAACUACACCCCGGAAGUCCCUGCCAUCAUGCUCGAGCGACUCUGUACCUCCCCUACCUACGGCAUGUGGUACCCUCCCGACCCUCUCUCUAUUGCUUCCAACCACCCACCCAUGGUCGUCUUCCCCAAUUUUAGUAACUUCUACGACACUUGGCGCAAAGACCUCAUCUCUCGUGGUGUUGCAGUCCGCCUCUCCACGGAACUCAGCGAGGUCAUAUCGCGUUCCAAGAAAAACGGCGUCACUGUCUCGCUAAAAAAGCGCACUCCUGCUCCGGAUGGUCACAACCCAACCGGUGGAGACCCAGAUGCCCCAGCCUUUGAGGAACAUUACGACGAGCUCAUUUUAUGCGUCCUUGCCGACACCGCCAAAAACAUCUUGGGCAAAACCUCCACCUGGCGCGAGCGAAAAGUACUCGGCAGCGCCAAAUUCUCUGACGAUGUCACAAUUACCCACACUGACUCUGACUAUAUGAAGAAACACUACCAAAACUUCUAUCAGGAAGACCUCGCUGUCACAUCCCUGUCAGGUAAAGACCAAAGCUCCCGCAAUGACUUUGCUCGAAAGGGCUUCCGACCAAUGUAUUACAUCAAGAUGUACGAUCAGGACCUCUCCAAGCUCGAAAUGUCCUUCGAUACCACCAACUACCAAUCCCAAUUUCCCGAACGUGUUCCGUUCGAGGACCACGUCUUCCAGACCAUCUACCUGAAUAAAGACCGUGAUGGCCACCUGUGGUCCGAUCAGGAAAUCGACAAAUCCAAAAUCAUCCGGACUGAUUGGUGGCACCAGCUUUGUCACAGUUUCACUCACUACAUCAUGGUCAUUCCGUGGCUGAUGUUCCUCCAGGCCAAGAACGCCACCCGCUUUGCCUCGAGUUGGACACUGGUCAACGCCCAUGAGGUCGCCAUCAUCAGCGGCAUGGCGGCCGCCGUCGAUCUUGGCGCCGACUAUCCCGAGGAUCUCGAACACGACAAGUUCGCUCUAUUGAGUUUCCGGCUCUAUUAUUUGUUGAUCUACGGAAAGUGGUAUCGCAAGAAGUGGAAGGAUGCCAACACGACAAAGGCCAAAGAAGGCCGAACCUGGGCCACGGGCGACUACGGCAGUAUUUACAACGGCCCGGGUGUCGUUAGUCAGGAGCGAACGACCUGGAGGGAAGAACUCAAAGUUGGAGCCAGCACAGAAAACCUGGCUCCAGGGGGUGAGAACAAGGAUGGGAGAAGUCAGCCGUAGGAUCACCAACAAGCCGUGGCCCCACAACAUCAGCAUGGUCAGGGUGGUGGGAGGUUGUCAGGCGAGACAUUUGAGCGGUGGGAAGAAUAGAGCAAGGUUGGAUGAGCAAUUACACCAUCUAAGAUAUCUUUAUAAGGCGUCGAAUGAUCCCUGAUGUCUCG